CUCUCUCUCUCUCUCUCUCUCUCUCUCUCUCUCUCAAAGGGAAAGGGAAAGGAAGAGAAUCCAACCAGUCUUAUGUAGGGCCUCCAACCCAUGAAAUUAUUGCAAGAUGACAAAACAAACCAAAAAAUCCAGGGCACAUGCAAUCUCACAUGCACCCUCUUUUUUCUUUUUCUACCUCCCCCAAUCAUCUUCUCUCAUGUGAUUUCCAUUCAUCCACCUAACUUUCAAACUACAACUCCCUUCCACCCCCCCACGCCUCUCUCUCUCUCUCUCUCUCUCUCUCUCUCUCCAUGGUUUGGUCUCAAAGCCUCCAUUUCAGCCCUCUAGGCAAGUGGGUCACAACCAUCUUCCACCAACUGAAGAGAAAAUGCAAGAUUAAAAAGCCCAAGAGAUUAUCCAACGGCUUCGAUUGGUUCUCUUCGUCAUUCGCUGCAAUGGAGAUUUCAAACCAGCUCAAGCAAGUCUUCAAGCUCAUUGAUACGAAUGGAGACGGCAAGAUAUCACCCUUAGAGCUCCGGGAAGUGCUUGUGUGCCUGGGACACGACAAGUCCAAGGCCGCCAAGGAAGCUGAGGGCAUGGUGAAAGAGAUGGAUUGCAACGGCGACGGUUUCAUCGACUUGGAAGAGUUUAUGGAGGUCGUGGAAGGGAGGACCGAAAAUGGGUGCGGCAGCAAAGACGAUCUCAUGGAUGCAUUCCUCGUCUUCGAUUCUGAUAGGAACGGUUUCAUAUCAGCCCAGGAGUUGCAAAGAGUCCUUAUCAGCCUUGGUUAUAAAAAAUGCAGUCUCGACGACUGUUUUCUAAUGAUUAGAGGCGUUGAUAGCAAUGGAGAUGGGCUUGUCGAUUUUGAUGAAUUCCGUUCAAUGAUGACCAAACGCACCGGUUGAAGAUUGGAGUUUGGUACUGACACCUUCAUAUGCAUAAGCUGUCAUUUGCUGUCAUUCAAGACCUUAAGUUUGGAGAGCUUCCAAGGUGAGGUGUAAAUGCAAGGCCACGUUUGGAUGCUCAUUUUAACUAAAUUGCAAUAUAUUCCGAUUAGAUGUCAAUGAAAUUAUCACAUUGGGUUUGGACUAAAUGUGGUUUGGCUGCCUACUGUUAAUUGAAUUGAAUUAUUACAAUUGGAAUCAA